AUGCUAACGGUGCUGGGUUUCGAAGGCAGCGCCAACAAGAUUGGUGUGGGAGUGGUGAGGGAUGGCGUGGUGCUGGCGAACCCACGGCGGACUUACGUCACGCCGCCCGGCACUGGAUUCCUCCCAGGUGAUACGGCCCGGCACCACCGAGCCGUUAUCCUGGACUUGCUGCAGGAGGCACUAACAGAGGCUGGAAUAACAUCACAAGAUAUUGAUUGUGUUGCCUUUACCAAAGGCCCUGGCAUGGGCGCCCCACUGGUUUCUGUGGCUAUUGUUGCCCGGACUGUGGCCCAGCUCUGGAAUAAACCAUUGUUGGGUGUGAACCACUGUAUAGGCCAUAUUGAAAUGGGCCGCCUCAUCACUGGAGCCACCAGUCCAACAGUGCUCUAUGUCAGUGGAGGAAACACUCAGGUGAUUGCCUACUCAGAACAUCGAUACCGCAUCUUUGGGGAAACCAUCGAUAUUGCUGUGGGUAAUUGUCUGGAUCGCUUUGCUCGAGUGCUGAAGAUUUCCAAUGAUCCAAGUCCAGGCUACAACAUUGAACAAAUGGCAAAACGAGGCAAGAAGCUAGUUGAGCUACCAUAUACUGUAAAGGGGAUGGAUGUGUCAUUCUCAGGGAUCCUGUCUUUCAUUGAGGAUGCAGCCCAGCGAAUGCUGGCAUCAGGCGAGUGUACUCCUGAGGACCUGUGUUUUUCCUUGCAGGAAACUGUGUUUGCGAUGCUGGUAGAGAUCACAGAGCGAGCCAUGGCACAUUGUGGCUCCCAGGAGGCCCUCAUUGUGGGAGGUGUUGGAUGUAAUAUAAGGCUCCAGGAGAUGAUGGAAACAAUGUGUCAGGAACGAGGAGCCCGGCUGUUUGCCACAGAUGAGAGAUUCUGUAUUGACAAUGGAGCCAUGAUAGCCCAGGCUGGCUGGGAGAUGUUCCGGGCUGGACACAGAACUCCGCUCAGUGAUUCUGGAGUCACACAAAGGUAUCGCACAGAUGAAGUAGAAGUGACAUGGAGGGACUAA